AUCCAACCCCCAACUCCCCAGCCGCUUCAACACAAAACAAACACCCCACUUAUAUAUGCAAAUCAAGUCCAGUCGCUAGUACUCCGUAUGAGUUAAAUUUUCGGAUCUCGCGCUGUACAAUAGGAAGGCCUUGCUUACUUACACCUCCUCGAGACAGAGUAUUGCAGACAUGGCUUACGAGAGGAAGCAGCCGUCGUUGGCCGUGGCUUUGUCGCUGGUCCUGCUCCUGGGCCUGGCCAGCAUCAGGCUUUGCCGCGGCGACGUGGUGCAGUUCAUCUUCGGCGACUCGCUGUCGGACGUUGGCAACAACAACUACCUGACCAAGAGCCUCGCCCGCGCCGCGCUGCCGUGGUACGGCAUCGACUUCGGCAGCGGCAUGCCCAACGGCCGCUUCUGCAACGGCCGCACCGUCGCCGACAUCAUCGGCGACAAGAUGGGCCUGCCCAGGCCGCCGGCGUUCCUGGACCCGGCCGUCGACGCGGACGCCAUCUUCAAGAACGGCCUCAACUACGCCUCCGGCGGCGGCGGCAUCCUCAACGAGACAUCCUCCCUCUUCAUACAGAGGUUCUCGCUGUACAAGCAGAUAGAGCUGUUCCAAGGGACGCAGGCGUACAUGCGGGAGAAGAUCGGGGAGGCGGCGGCGGACAAGCUCUUCGGGGACGCGUACUUCGUGGUGGCCAUGGGCGCCAACGACUUCAUCAACAACUACCUCCUCCCGGUCUACUCCGACUCGUGGACCUACAACGCGGACACCUUCGUGGCCCACAUGGUCACCACGCUCUCGGCCCAGCUGAAGCUGCUGCACCAGCUGGGGGCCCGGCGGCUGACCUUCUUCGGGCUCGGGCCCAUGGGCUGCAUCCCGCUGCAGCGGAUCCUGCAGCGGUCCUCCACCGCGUGCCAGGAGUCCACCAACAAGCUCGCCCUCAGCUUCAACAAGCAGGCCGGGGCGGCCAUCCGGGAGCUGGCGGCGUCGCUGCCCAACGCCACGUUCCAGUUCGGGGACGUGUACGAUUACUUCCAGGAUAUUAUUGACAGGCCGUACAUGCACGGGUUUAACAACUCCCACGCGCCCUGCUGCACGCUGGGGAAGAUCCGCCCCACGCUGACGUGCACGCCGCUCUCCACGCUCUGCAAGGACCGAAGCAAGUACGUGUUCUGGGACGAGUACCACCCGACUGAUAGGGCCAACGAGCUCAUCGCGCUCGAGACGCUCAAGAGGCUCAACAUCACUGUCGUCGCCAACAGCACCGCCAGCUAGCCUAGCUAGGCCGCCGCCGGCGAAAUCCGAAAUUUAGUGCAUGGGCUCUGCCAGGGUGUUUUGCGUGAUUGAUGUGCCUGCAGCUUCGAUCGGAACCAAAUUAUCAUGUGUUGAUUUCUGCAAGGAUUGGUGGUGGUAUGUACAGGCGCAUGUAACAAUUUUGUGUCUGUAGGAACUGAGAGCUAAGAUGUUGGCUGUCGUUGCACAUUCCUGGUUGCCUUCUAACAUUAAAAUUGCACACAAGUUGGCUGUUGCA